UUAAUUUUUGAACAAAGCUAACGAGUAGCCGGUCAGUAGUGUUCAACGUUGGUGAACGUCACUUUUCGCGAAAGAGUAAAACCCACGCCAAAAACAUAAACAAAAUGAGUUCGAAGGAAAAUAACGAAGUUGCAGUCGAGAAAAUCGACAACGACAAGAGUGCGGACGCGAAAUGUGAGUUGAAGGGAACGAAGCGAGCGGCGGAGGACAAAACGGAGGAAGUGAAAAAGGCGCGAAAGGAGGAAAACGGUGCGGGUUCGGAGGGCGAAGAGCUCGAAGAAGAGGAGGAAGAGGGAGUUGAAGGAGAGGAAGACGACGAAGAAGAGGAGCUCCCCGAAGGCGACGACGAGGAAUUGGAAGGAGAGGACGAAGAUGAAGAAGACGUGGAGGGCGAAGAAGGGGUGGACGAAGAGGAGGACGACGCAUAAUGGAGCACACGGCCGACAAACCCGUGUGCGACCUGUGACGGACUCCUCAGUGCAAAGUCUCGAGCUACUUUGUGGCCAAACAACUAAUUUUUAAGUUCCAAAAGUAAUUCAGUGCGUUUUAUGCUAGCCAUUGUCGACUACCGUCAACUGUUCUGUCAGUAGCAGCCACUUUAGAAGCAGGAUCUUCUACAUUCGGCCACAGGCUACCUCGCGACCUUUGCUUGAGCAAGAACUGUUCAGUGACCGUGUGUGAACUGCGUGUAAUCCGCGGUACCUGACUCUUCUAACUUAUUACUACGUAUCCCCUUCAAUUUGUAAAAAAAUUGUCCAAUUUAUGUAAAAAUAGGUAUAAAUUUUAGAUUAAGUUUGUCUCUGAUAACAGUGUUUUUUUUUUCUUUUUUUUUUAAUUAAAUACUUGUACAAAAAAUGUUUUUUGAAGAUGUCGCUGAACCCGCGGCUUUCUCAGGAAAGCCUUCAAAAAAUUAAAGUGUAUUUCUAUUUGGGAACGACCGUUAUUGUGUAAUGGUUGUACCAGUUUGUCGAGCGCAGAAGGGCAAUAAGGUGUUAACUUGUAGGCUAACAUAGAACUUAGUCUAAUAUGUUUUUAGAUCCGUGUGUUUACUAUAUGUACGAUAAUACAUUGUAAUUAUUUCUUUUUUUAUGAGAUGUAUUUAAUUAAGGAAAUACGGUUUUUGCGGUGCUAGUCGUCGCCUCAUACACUGCCAAAUUCUCGUCUUAAUUUACAUGGGCAACUCAUUCUGCGACUUUUGCCAAGUUAUUGACUUCGCCAUCCCUCAUCGACAUCGUUGCAUUUUAUUCACGCAGUUCUAUUUUUUUUAAUCUUCUGUUACUUUAUUUUUAUCAGUUUUACGCCGUAACUUGACAAAAGUUGACCAAAGAUGAGUUCUCCAAGUAAUUAACUUGAAGUUUUUGGCUGAACUCAUUCCAACUGAUUUGUUUGUGACAGCCGGGUGAUCGCACUUCACUUCUAUAUUAUAUUUUUACUACAGAAAAGAAAGUUUUACAAAAUGUUUGUCUACCCAAUAAAUAAUGAUCUGUAGAAAUUGAUUUGUAACAGUGUUGUAUGAUUUUUGAGUGAACUAUAAACGAUGGAUACAAAUUGUUUCAUA